UUCACGGUGGUUAAAAGAAAAUAAAAAAAUAAAACUUUCAAAACACCGAUUGUUGGAAAUGUUGGAAUAUUAAUUCAAGGAAUAUCUCUCUAAAUUCAUAGCGCUAAUUUAAUUUUUAAUCAGUAGUACAGAUUUUACUCCAUCAGGAUGGAGCUCUCAAAUUUGUUUCACUCUUUACCAUGGUAUAAACCAGACUGGUGCUACCCAAGUAUGAGUAAAGAGAAUUACGAACUGUUAAAACAAUGCAAUGAUUUGCCCAAAACUGAAUUCUCAGAUGACAUUGAAGAUAUCAUUAAUAGGAGCAAGAAUUUCUCAAUUCCAUUCCCGAUUGAAAGUGUCAGGUUAGAUAAACUGAAAAAACACCGACCCAUUGAUAGACUCAAGAAAAAUAUCUCAGGAACCUACCCAAUUAUACACGAGAGGAUCUUGAUGCUUUUGACGCACUUCCUAUUGUACAAACGUGAAUUUGGUAGUAGCAUAGAGAAAGCAUUUUACAAGGACAUGACGAUUCCGGAACUCAUAGACAGAUUGUUGCUGAAAAGAGCAGUCUCGUUCAUGGGUGAAUUAGACAGUUAUUUAUUGCUCAGUGGAGAAUCUGGUGAAGACGGAUGGGAAAACGUAGGGACACUGCAGCAACGUCCACCAUUGCUGCUGGAGAAUGUAUUGAGUUACGAUGAGAUGAAGCUAUCAGCGUUUCUUUUCGUCAGCGGACCAACUGAAUGUAUUAACGACGGCUCCAGACAUAACUCCGGUGUAGUUAAAGAUGACGACAUCGAACAAGAGGCAAUUAUUAUAGGCGCGAUCGGGCCGCGUUUCGAACGUACCAAUCGCAUGGACUACGAGGACAUCGUGAUAUCGAGCACACAGAACAGUGAGGAGCGCGGCUACGGCGAGCACGUGACGCCGACCACGUGUCUGCACGUGCUGCGACACACGUACACGCGCGACGCCAGCCUCGCCAAGCACGCCUGGAGGCAGCUGUGGGCCGAGCUGUACCAGGUGCACAGCUACACGUACGAGGAGCUGAGCGCGCGGCUCGCGGGGGCGGCCUCGGACCGCUACGUGAAGCUGCCGCGGGGGGGCGCCUGGUUCGACAACGAGGUCUACUACAAGCGGAUCUGCAUCCUCGCGGAGACCGUGCUGCUGGAGGCCGAGGGGCGGGCUCGAGGCCGGAGCGUGUUCCUCAACGUGGUGGGCUGCGGACUGGGAGUGUGGAAGAUAUCUCCUCACCAGGCGGACGUGUACGUGCUCACCUUCCUCGACCGCAUCCGCGCCAUGCUGAAGCGGGAAGCCAUCAACCACAUCACCGAUGUCAACUUCGCCUACAUACGUGCUUCUGAUAAUGUCACUGCGUUAUUCACGAAAACAAAUGAAAUUGAAAAUUCAACGUCAACUGUCAAAAGUUUGUUUAUUGCCAAUAAAAAACACCCUAGAGGCGGCGUGAGCGUGCAGCUGGAGGACAGGGAGCCGGCGAGUGUGCUGAGCGGGCGGCACCGGGGCAAGCUGCUCGUCCUCAUCUACCCCUGGGACGGGAACGCGCACCCGGGGAACGAGUUCUGGUUAGGUAGUUUAACGGGCUCGGGCGACCCGGCGGCCGCGUGCUCCACCCAGGUGGCGGAGUUGCACAACGCGCACGUGAACCCGCGCGUCGCCGCCGCCAACACGCGCGUCGCCGCGCACGCCGCCGUGCUGCCGCUGCGGGACUGCGCCGAGCGACCCUAGCGCCGUCCGCCGCGUCGUCCAUUGCGCCGCGCUCUCCACUGCGCUGUCCAAUGCGUGCUCUGGUGGAUAAGCGGUAUUGAGGUAAUUAGGGUUUCGCUGAAACUAACGUCAGGUCUCCGUAGUAUUCGUAACAUGCAUGUAGAGAAGGCGUACCUUUAAACCGGCUCCACACGUUGGCCCCAACGUUGCUACCAACGUUGAGCGGCGGAAAUUAGGAAAUGUCCACACGUUGGCUGUUAUUGUAGUUCACUUUCGUCAGAGCCAAUGCGAAUAUGCGCUUUUACAGUACCGAGUGUGUAUAAUUUAUAUUUGUUACUGAAAAAAAAGAAAAAACCACGUCAAAGGAGAUGGUGGAUGACAUCGCGACAUGCACACUAGACGCGUGUUGCAACAAGACCUGAGCAAAUCGCCAACAUGUGGACCGAUCGCGAAUGUUGGCACCGAUUCCUUUGA